GAGGCUUUUCUGCUUUCAGAAUUUGAUAAAGCUAUGAGGCUCUUCAAGUUGCUUAGUAUACUGCUAUCUCUAUGCUGUGGGUAUGUAGUGGGUAAGGAGUGUACCAAUAUUCCUACUCAAUUGUCAUCACAUACUUUUCGAUAUGAGCUUUUGACAUCGAAUAAUGAUACGUGGAAGCAAGAGAUGUUUUCACACUACCAUUUGAUUCCCACCGAUGAUUCUGCAUGGUCCAAUUUACUUCCGAGGAAGAUGUUGAAGGAGGAAGAUGAACACAAAUGGUCCAUGAUGUAUAGGAAAUUGAAGAGUUCCGAUGAGUUUAAUCAGCAGGGAGGUUUCCUGAAAGAGGUCUUGUUGCAGGAUGUGAGGUUAGACCCGGGUUCAAAGCAUGGGCAGGCUCAGCAGACAAAUUUGGAGUACCUGUUGAUGCUGAAUGUUGACAGUUUGGUUUGGAGCUUUAGGAAGACGGCAGGUUUGCCAACCCCUGGCGAGCCAUAUAAGGGUUGGGAGGAUCCAAAUUGCGAACUCCGGGGACAUUUUGUAGGACAUUACAUGAGUGCAUCGGCACAGAUGUGGGCUAGCACUAACAAUUAUACUCUCCAAAGGAAAAUGUCAGCUGUUGUUUCAGCUUUAUCAGAGUGUCAAAAUAAAAUGGGUACAGGAUAUCUUUCUGCUUUCCCUUCUGAGCAAUUUGACCGUUUUGAAGCUAUAAAACCUGUUUGGGCGCCUUAUUACACCAUUCACAAGAUAUUGGCAGGUCUUUUGGAUCAGCAUAUACUGGCAAAUAAUAAACAAGCAUUAAGGAUGGCAACAUGGAUGGUUGACUACUUCUACAAUCGUGUGCAAAAUGUGAUAGCAGAGUAUAGCAUUGAAAGACAUUGGCUGUCACUAAAUGAAGAAACUGGUGGCAUGAAUGAUAUCCUUUAUAGGUUGUAUACAGUGACGAAAAAUCCAAAGCAUUUAUUGAUUGCUCACCUUUUUGACAAACCAUGCUUUCUAGGAGUACUAGCUAUGAAGGCAGAUGAUAUUUCUGGUUUUCAUGCCAAUACACAUAUUCCAAUUGUCAUUGGAUCUCAAAUGCGAUAUGAAAUUACUGGUGAAUCACUCUAUAGGGUAAGUGACUCUAAUUUAUACCAGCAUCAAUAUCAACUGCAUCCAAGUGGCAAUAGCAAGUGA